UGUUCUCCUCUCAGACGGAGAAGUUUUCGGGGGCGAUGCCUCAGGAGGACGACCUGUCGCCCGUCUCCAUGGCGACGUCGGAGGCGGAUGCGGCCCAGGAGUCGGAGCACGAGAACAUGAAGGUCGUGCUGAGUGCUGAGCCCCGAGGCCCCAGACGCUCCAGAGCCGUCCGCAGUCUCGGCCGGGUGAGUCCGCCCCAGAUGUUCGUAGCCAAAGAAGAAGGGACCAACUCCCAGGACGACGCCACAGACGAGAUCAUGGACCGACUCGUAAAGUCUGUUACCCAGAAUCCCUCUGACCGACCGUCCAGUCCCAAGACCCGCAAACGCUCGCGACUCAACAGGAAGUCCAUGCGGAGGACCCUGAAGAGUGGGCUCGGUGUGGACGUGGUUCAGGCUCUGGGACUCAACAGCAAGACGGCAGAUAAAGUCUGACGGAGACUCGAUCACAUGAU